AAAUGGGAGCAGAACUCACAGUAACGGCCGAGAGGAUUCCAGAGCUAACAAUGUCUCUUUACCGAAACUCUGCCUGGUUUCUGAAAGGCCUGACUGAAUUUACAAGAAGCGCUUUCCUGACGGCAGCCAAGCGCUUCGUGGAGAAAGACAUCGAUGUGGCCCUGGCGGGUAGAUCCUUCAUGAUCACAGGAACUAACAGUGGCAUAGGGAGAGCCACUGCCAUGGCCAUUGCCAAGAGAGGUGGUACACUCCACAUGGUGUGCAGGAACAAAGACAAGGCAGAGGAGGCUAGGGCCGACAUCGUUAAGGAGACAGGAAACAAGGAAGUUUACGUUCACAUUCUGGACCUUUCUGAGACCAGGAAGGUGUGGGAGUUUGCUGAGGCCUUUAAGAAAAAGUACAAAGCCCUCAAUGUCCUGAUUAAUAAUGCUGGUUGUAUAAUGACCCAGAGGGAGGUCAAUGCCGAGGGACUGGAAAAGAGCUUUGCCAGUAAUGUUCUUGGAGUGUACAUACUGACUAAGGCUCUGAUUCCCUUACUGGAGAAGAGUGCUGAACCCAGAGUGGUUACAGUGUCCUCCGGGGGCAUGCUCGUUCAGAAGCUGAGGUCAGGCAACCUGCAGUCGGAGAGGGGCCACUACGACGGCACCAUGGUGUACGCCCAGAACAAGAGGCAGCAGGUGGUGAUGACAGAGCAGUGGGCCAAAGCGCAUACCAACAUUCACUUCUCUGUGAUGCACCCUGGUUGGGUGGACACCCCAGCGGUGGCCAACGCCAUGCCUGACUUCCAUCGGUCCAUGAAGGACAGUUUGAGGGCCCCGGAGCAAGGGGCCGACACCGUGGUGUGGCUGGCCAUCUCUGAGGCGGCUGCUGCAGGGCCCAGUGGGCGCUUCUUCCAGGACCGGAAGAUGGUGUCUGCCCACCUGCCCCUGGCCUGGACCCACUGCUCCCCCAUGGAGGAGCAGAAGUUCAUGAGUGUGAUGGAGGACCUUGGCAAGACCUUCCAACCCCACUGAGCUGCCCGAUCCAGUCAACAGUCUCCCCAACACCCCCCCCCCCCUUUUCACAAACACACACACACUUCUCGAUCUCACUCUCUUUUUAACACAUCUUGCUGUUUGUGAACAGCUAUAGGCCCAUUGUAGCAUUCAUUCGAGAGUAUUUUAAUGCGUUAUUAAUCUUGUGUUACAGCCAAUGAACGGUGUGAUGGUGACACUGAUUCGUCUCUGUCUUUUCUGCUCAGAGGUCAUGAGGUCAAACUGCUGAUGGAAGAAGCACUUCUUUGAAAGUACACUACGCAUUCGACUAAGCACUCACACUGACAGAACACUUGUAUCCCGCCCUUCACACAGUGACUUAAUGGAAGCUGUCACUCAGAUGGGAAUCUGAUUUGACCUAAGUCACGUCACUCACCCUAUCCACCAAUCGCAUGCAGUCACUGGCCGAUUGGGCUCAAUCUAACUUGCCUGGGUGGGCUGGUGUUGAAAGUUCCUUCACUAUGGCAACUGUAUGUGUUUUCCUCACAAAUUACAAUACUAAAAAUACAACUGUGAUUAAUGAUGAGAGCCAGGAGCUGAAAACAGUAGGAGUCACAGCGCAUCUUCGAUUGAGCCCAUUCUUGAGAAGUGCUUCUCUAUCAGUCCAACAUGCCCCUCUGACCAGAGACAGGGCCAACCUACAGUAUGACCUGACGUGUGCAUUAUGAGAAUGGCCUAUGUGUUUAACUACUGAUACUAUGCUUAAGGGAUUCAUAAUAAAAGCACUUCUAUGGUUUGCUGUUACUUACUGUGACAUGCUGCAGUGUUAUCUGGGCGUCCAAGCUUGAAUAAAAACACCUUGGUGAGAAAAGCC